AUGAAUUUAGAUGGCAAAGAAGAAGUGGUUAUUUCUGGAAUAUCUGGAAGAUUUCCGAAAAGUGAAAAUAUUAAUGAAUUAAUAGCGAAUUUAAUAAGUGGAAAGGAUUGCUCGACUAUAGAUCAUAAAAGAUGGAAAUUAGAUCCUAUUUCCAAAAUACCAUCUCGUUUGGGAAUAAUUUCUGACUUAACGAAAUUUGACAACUUCUUUUUUGGAAUUAGUACAUUCCAGUCAAAAAAUAUGGCGCCAGAAUUUAGAAUUGCAAUUGAAACUACUUUUGAAGCAAUUAUUGAUGCUGGAAUAAAUCCUGCAGAGCUACGCGACAAGAAAACCAAUGUUUACGGGGUAUUGAGUUUAUAUGAGUCAGAUAGUUAUCUUAUGAGAGCUCUAGGAAAGAAAGAUGGAUAUACUUUAACGGGGUAUUGCCGUGGUAUGCUAGCAAACCGGAUCUCAUUUGUUAUGAGUCUAAUUGGAUCAAGCUGUAGUAUUGAUUCAAAUUGCACAUCAAGUGCAUUAGCAAUUCAAAAAGCUUACCAAGCUAUUAAAGCUGGAGAUUGCGAUAAUGCGAUUGUGUGUGGUGGAGCCUUAAGUUUACUUUCUAAAACAUCCUCUCAACUCUCUGAAUUAGGUUUGUUGUCAUCCGACGGGCUAAACAGGUCUUUCGACAAAAAUGCUUCUGGAUUCUUAAGAAGCGAGUCAGUAGGAACUAUUUUCUUACAAAGAGCUAAAGAUGCAAAGCGAGUAUAUGCUGAGGUCGUUAAUAUUUGUGUUAGUUACACUCCAGCAAUUUCAAGAAAAACUUGUWUAUUUUCUACAGCUGAAUUUCAAGCUCAAAUAAUGAAACAGACAUUGAAACAAUGCAGUUUAAGACCUAGCGAUGUAAAUUACAUCGAGGCCGAUGGUACAGCAAUCAGAUCAAUGGAUCUAGAAGAAUUAAAUGCGAUAGAUCUUGUUUAUGGUCAAGAUCGAAGUUAUUCUAAUCCUCUCUUAAUAGGAUCUAUUAAAUCAAACAUUGGUUAUACAUUUAAUAAUAAUACAUUAAAUUCGAUAAUCAAGGUACUAAUUGCUAUGGAGACCGGAGUUAUACCACCGAAUCUUCAUUAUUCCGAGCCUCCGGAAGAAGCUCAAUGUCUUCAGGAGGGACGCGUAAAAGUCRUUACAAAACCAACAAUUUGGACGGAUUGUUACGCUGCAGUUAACACAGCUGCAUUAAAUGGUUCCUUCUCGCACAUUAUCUUGAAACGUCAUUCAAAAGAGAAGCUGGGUAGAAAGCUUUCACAAAAUAAUAUGCCACGGCUUUUUGUAGCUUCUUGUCGAACUCAAGAAAUGAUGACAUCGAUCUUCAAUACCUUGAAUUCGAACAGAGGAGAUGAUGAAUUUGCUCAAUUAAUUAAUGACAUUACUGAGAAACCAUUUCCUCAAUCAUUGUAUUCUGGAUAUACAGUAAUUCCAGAAUCUGAAGUAACUAACUCAGAACAAUCGAUAGAGAUGAUUAAUGACAAUUUGUCACCUCAAUCUCGACAGAUAUGGUUUGUUUUUUCGGGGAUGGGAUCACAAUGGACUGGAAUGGGUGAAUCACUGAUGAAGAUACCAAUCUUUGCUGAAGCAAUAAAAAGGUGUGAUAAUGUUUUAAGACCUCGAGGUUAUGAUAUUAUGCAUAUUAUAUGUGACAAAGAUCCAACUAUAUACGAUAAUAUUAUAAAUUGCUUUUUAGGAAUAGCGGCAAUACAAAUUGGUCUAGUGGAUAUUYUAUAUGCUGUUGGCGUUAAACCGAAUUACAUGAUCGGGCAUUCUGUUGGUGAGCUUGGUUGUUCUUACGCAGAUGGUUGCUUUUCUGCUGAAGAAAUGAUUUUAAGUGCUCUCUCUCGAGGUUUGGCUUCUGUAGAAAGUGACUUAAUACACGGAACGAUGGCUGCAGUUGGUCUUGGCUACCAAAAAAUUCGAGAUAUUUGCCCUGAAGACAUUGACGUUGCAUGUCAUAAUGGACCAGAAAGCUCUACAAUAAGUGGACCAACCGAAUCAAUAAAUGUUUUUGUAAAAGAAUUACAGAAUAAAGGAAUAUUUGCUAAAACCGUUCCAACUAAUAAUAUUGCAUAUCAUAGUCGUUACAUUUCUCCAGCUGGUCCAAAGUUGUUGGAUUACCUAAAAAAAGUCAUUCCUUUUCCAAAAGAACGCAGUUCUCGUUGGAUAUGCACGUCUAUCCCGCAAAACGAAUGGCUUUCAAUGAAAGCUCAAGUUUCUUCACCUGAAUAUCAUACAAAUAAUCUUCUUUCUCCUGUUUUAUUCGAAGAAGUAAUAAAAAUGAUUCCAAAGAAUGCUAUAACCAUUGAAAUUUCACCGCAUGGACUGCUACAGGCAAUUUUGAACAAAUCGUUACAAAAAAACUGCAUUAAUUUAACAUUAACAAGACGGGGCUCAGGAAAAUUUGAAGUUAAAUGUAAAGAAGGAAUCAUGUUAGCUUCUGGAACUAUACGAGUAGCAGAAACUGAGAAAAAAGUUAUUCCUGAAAUUAUUUUACUGAAAAAGGAAACAGAAUUUUUAAACGAAGAAGAUAUUUAUUCAAAUCUUCUUUUACGUGGUUACCAGUACGAAGAAUCUUAUAAUAUUAUUAGCAGACUUUCWACAUCGUGUACCAAUGGUACGUUUAAAUGGAGCAGUGAUUGGAUGUUAUWACUAGAAGGAUUAAUUCAAGUGCAUAUUAUCAGCAGUAGGAACAAAAAUAUGUUGAUACCGAGUAGGAUAGAAAAACUCGUCAUCGACUUGGCACAAUUAACUGACAAAAUGAAAGAAAAUAAUGAGCUAUCUAUGAGAUUCGACAAACACAUAAAUGUGAUAGCUUGCCCCGGAAUUGAGAUGAUUGGGAUUCAAUUUCAGGAAAUAAUAUUUGAAAACAGUCAUUGGGAAAUUAUAACGGAUGAACUUCAAUUUAUCCAGAAUGUAGAUAAAACAGAGUUGAAUAUUGACGACGUAUUAAACGUAGUAAUAGGAUUAAUUUCCACAAAUAUUAGCAAAAAAAAUAUCAAAAAAAUAUUGACAAUGAAUGAGGAUUUUAUUUUGACGAUUAUAAAUAAUGCGCACUUUAAGGAUGUAAGAAAAUUUAUUAGUACUCUCGAUAAAGAAUCAUUUUUAUUGACAACCAUGGAAACAGAAGAGAAAGAUAAUGUGAUUUCUGCAUUAGCAAGUGUUGGAUUAAAUGUCAUCUUAAAGAUCAACAUUUCUCUUUGUCGUAUUGUUCUGCUUUUACGUAAAGAAAGAAAUUUAAGAAAAACGAUUGUUUUGAGUAACCAAGAAAACUGUCUAGAUCAAUUAAAGAUCUGUUUGCGAGACUCAAAAUAUGACAAUAUUAUAUUUGUGGUAAACACUAUUAUCGAUAAUGAUAUAUUUGAGAUACUUCGAGAUAUAAAACGAGAACCGGGAUAUAAGAAACUUCAAAUUUUUGACUUACAAGAUGAAAAAGCACCAAAAUUCUCACUUCAAAAUAAAUUCUAUGAAUCACAAGUAAAGCUUAAUCUUCGUGAAAACGUCUUAGCGCCAAAUGGGGAAUGGGGCACAUACAGAUGGAUGCCAUUGUCAGUGAAGUCUACUUCUUCUUUGCGUUGGAAAGCACAAAUAAAUAAACCAAUUUCUUUAGAAUGGACGGAAGACCUACCACUGUUUAGAAAAAAAAAUGAAAGUGUCGUAGAAGUAGAGUUUGCAGCAUUCGACUUGAAUGUUUACGAGUACUAUUUAAAUAGUGACGUCAGCUUAGAAUCACAAAUAUUUCUUACWGAAUAUUCAGGAAGAGAUGAAAAAGGUCGUAGAGUAAUGGGGCUUGUUAAUAAUUUAACUAUAAGCAAUGAAAUUUUACCAGAUCCAGAUUUAACUUGGAUUAUUCCAGAAACGUUAAGCUUUGAAGAUGCUGCAACGAUUCCCCAAGCUUAUUUAGCAGCUUUUAUUAUUUUACAUUCAGAUAAAGGAAAGUUUGAAACUAUUAAAACUGUAUUAAUACAUUUUGGUGCUAGUGACAUAGGACAGGCUCUUAUAAAUUUAUCUUUAUUAUAUAAUUUUGAUGUUUACACUACUUAUGAAACGGAAGCAGAAAAACGAGUGAUCGAGACAAUACGACCAAGCUUACCACAGACUCAUAUUAUAAAUGUUAAAAAUUAUAAAAGUUAUAUUCUAAAUAUUACAAAAGGCAAAGGUUUUGAUUUUGUAGUAGCAAACUAUUCCGUCUUAGACGAUAUGGAAAAUUGUUUAGACAUUGUUAAAGAUUUAAAACAUUUGGUUAUGACUUAUGAUUAUAAAGGGCCUAGUUACUAUCCGAUACCACUAUAUAAUUUUAAUAGGAGCAUAAGUAUAUACGGCUACUGUUUACAAGACCUUAUUAAGUUGCCAACGAAAAUUAARAGAGAAGCAGCAGAUCUGAUGAGAACAGCUCUUAAAAUGGGCAGCUUAAAACCAAUUAUAUCACGAAGACUUUUUCUUCAAGGAGCAACGGAAGAAAGAAGCAUUGAUGCUUGUGAACGUUAUGGAAAAGUUUUAGUCAACUUGCAAGAAGAUAAAACACUUUCCAAUAUCAUUUCUCAAUUUUGGUUCCAUAGCGAUAAAUAUUACCUUGUCAUCGAUGGUUUCAAUAUCUUUGGCAAAGUACUGAUUGAAUGGAUGAUCGAACAAGGAGUUAAAAAAUUCAUCAUUGCUUCUGAUAUGUCUACACAGGGUCACGAAUGUGCGGUCCUUAAAUGGCGCGAAAAUGGAGUAACGGUCAUUGUCCGACAUGAAGAUGACUURAGCAAUGUCACAUGUAUUGAGAAAUUAUUCAAAGAAGUUUUAACUAUAGGUCCACUAGAUGGCAUAUUUGAUCUACAAAGAACGAAGAUUGAUUCUUCAAUUUCUUCGUUAAAGUAUUUCAAAGUUACUAAAAUACUAGAUGAAUAUAGCAGAAAGCUUUGUCUGUCUCAUGUAAAAUUCUUUAUUUUCUCUUCGUUCGACUUAGACGGAGAUGGAUUAAGAGACACUAAUAUUGAAAAAUUAUGCAAAAAAAGAAAAAAAUCUUCGCAUCAUGGUUUAUUUAUUUUAUUGCCUAAUCUUUUAGAAAAUGCAGUAGCUGACGAAAAAUUAAAAAAUGUAUAUUACAUAAAAAUGUCAUUACUUUUAAAACGACUAAACUCUAUACUAUGCACAGAAUCUUCAAUAAUCGCUGUUCGCCAUUUAAUAAAAGAUAAUUCCGUAGAUGGCAACGAGAAAAAUAUUCUCGUUAGGGGGACCGAAAAAGAGCAACGAUCUGAAGAAAAGGAUCCACAAGAAAAGGAAGGGAAAUAUGAACCAUGUCCACCGUCAAUGCUUCUUAGUGAACACAUUGUUCUAAAACUUAUCGACUCAUAUACAAGCUGUGGAAGAAAUAUUCAACCGAUAACUUUUUCACUAGCAUGUCAAAAUUAG